UCAUUUAGCAAGAAGGUCCACCAUGUUUCUGAGAAGUAAAGAAGACAAGUAUGAGUACCACGGUUUUGCUAGUGUCUAUUGCUGUGGUCAUUGCAGCAGGACUCUUCCAUCUGUACAAUGUGGUACUUCGACUGCUGAGCAAAACUCCAGUGCAGAACAAAGUAGUGCUAAUAACAGAUUCAUUAUCAGUCCUGGGCAAUGAUUGUGCCAAACUUUUCCACAAACGUGGGGCUCGGCUGAUUCUUUGUGGAAAGGAAUGGGAAAAGCUUGAGUCUCUUGGACAGCAGCUGGUGGAUGAAUCAGAUCCUACUGCAACAUUCCCACCUAAGUUGAUUGAGCUGGACUUCGGUGAAAUUGAGACAAUGCCAGAUGUGCUUUCAGAUGUUCUAGACUGUUAUGGCUAUGUGGAUAUUCUCAUUAUUAACAGUAGUAUAAAAGUAAAAGCACCUGCACAGUCCCUUUCUUUAGAAAUGGAUAAGAUGGUUAUGGAUGCCAAUUACUUUGGGCCGAUCACACUGGCCAAAGGUGUUCUUCCUACAAUGAUCUCUAGAAAGGCUGGCCACAUUCUUCUGGUCAACAGCAUUCAGGGGAAACUGACUGUGCCUUUUCGGACCACAUAUGCUGCUUCCAAACACGCAGUGCAAGCCUUCUUUGACUGUCUUAGAGCUGAGGUACAAGAGUUUGGCAUUUCUGUGACCACCAUCAAUCACACCUUUAUAAAUCCUUCUCCCUCAGUCCAACAAAUGAACCCAUUGAACUCCAUCCUGUCAGUGCUUACAGGGCAGAAGCCACAUGGUGUAUCCCCAGAGGAGAUGACCAGUGCCAUAUUGAAAGCUUUGAGCAACAAGAGAAAUGAGAUCAUCAUGGCUCAUUCCAUUUCGAAAUUGGCCAUCUAUGCCCGGUCUCUUUUUCCCAACAUUUUCUUUGCUGUAAUGGCAGCAGGAGUGAGGAACGCUGCAGCUGUGGAGCAAGCACAGUAAUUAUUGGAGCUUGUAUUUAAAAAUAAACUGUCUUGGGAUUUAGUUCUUUGUUAAAGUGGAUAACAAGUGUGAAAUCAAAUUCUAACCCAGGUUCAAACACUAUGUUUGUCUGUGUGAACACAAUACAAAUUUGUCUUAAA